CAUCACAUACUUAUUGUAUUAAAAAUAUGGCUCUCGGCGGUCGGAAAAUGAUUUCUCGCCGAGGUCUUUGUCUCCAACCAAACAAGUAGAAGGAAGGUAACGAAAAUCAAUGUGUGACGAGAUAUCACUCUUCGAAAGAGUACGCAUAUGAGGCUUUAUCUAUCUGAAGGCCUCAGUUGUUAACAGAAGGAGGGGGCACCUGCCGGGUUCCUGAAACCAGCUUCAAUCUGUAGGAGCAAAGCCAUGAGCCAGGCAACGCUGCAUUCUGGGAAGAUCAUGGUCACAGAAUUGCAUUUUAAUACUAAUUACAGCAUGACCUGGAACAAAAACCAAGAAGGGAUCCUGAAGGUUGAGCUUGAGAAGCCUUGCUUUAGACUGUAAAACCUGCUGUUGGACUUGAGCGAAUUAAUGCUGCCUGCAUUGUAAUUUACUUUGUAAGCAGAAGUAAUUUUACAUCGCUGGUGGACCAUGGUUGAAUCGUACAGUGCAGAGAGCUCUCAUCACCUGCAGUCUUAUCAAAAAGCACAUAUUUACUGACUAUGGUUAUGAGAGUUCUCUGUAACCAUAGCCACAUUUCUUCCAUCUAUGAUGGGCCUGUGAACAACUCCUCAUCUGGUGUCACUUUGUAUGUUUCUCAUUUCUCAGAACUGUAGCAACUGUAACAAGAUGGAAUUUGCAUGAGAAAUGUUUUUGAAAAUGCGAUGCAGAAUUUUUGUUCUAUUGUACGCUUGUUGUGGCUGGACCACAAUGUGUUUAGUUUCUGUCUCACUGGCUGCUUACUGUUCUCAAGUCAAGUCAAGUGAAAUUUAUUUGUAUAGCACAUUUUCAUACACAAGGCAACUCAAAGCACUCUACAUAAAACAUAGAAAGACAUUCCAUAAAGGUGUUAUUAAAGUAAAUUAGAAUUUUAAAACAAUUUGUAAGUUAAAGGAAAAACGAGACGUAAAGCAGUUAAAGAACAUGGAGGUGUACGAGAGAACUGUAAAAUGGCAAUUGGUAAAUGUACUGCAUUCAUAUAGUGCUUUUAUCUAAAGCGCUUUACAAUUCUUACUACUGAUGAGUGGUUUGCAUCUUGUGGUAUUGCCUCUGUAUUGCUGCUCUUUAAGUCUUCUUUGAAUGGUUGAUUGAGUUCCCUUCACCCCUGCCAUGUGGAGAAUGUUUGAUGUCACUGACUGAGGUUUUGGAGUUUUUUCUGACAGCUCUCACAAUGUUUCUGUCAUCAUGUUUCCUCGGUCGACCUGUCUUCGAUGUCUGUUGCUCAGUACUCCAGCGGUUUCUUCCUUUUUCAGGACAUUCCACGUUGUUGUACAAACUAUCCCCAAUCCCCCGAUUUCCCCUCUUUUCUAAAUUACUUGCGAAUGUAAAUCUUUUGACCUCAAGUUGUCUUCAGUGCAUAGCAAAACAAUUCAUGUUUUAUUUCUUCAUUUAAAUGUGUUUUAAGCCUAUAAGCUAAUUUUAGCUAAUGUUGCAUUCUAUACUAUAUCGUUUUAAAGUCUUAACUCUUUCAAAAUGUCUCAUCGGUUAUAAUUUCUUAUGAAACCUGAAAUGAAGCUGUGGAAUAUAAAACAUUUAUUAAUGCUAUUCAUAGCUGAUGUAUUAUUUAAGUAAAUGGCCUUUUUGCAGUAUCAUCCAUACUCCAAAGCAUAAUUAGACAAAUGUUAAAUGUAUUGAUCAGCUGCAGUCCAAAUAAAUAUUGUGUGUGUUUAAUUUUCCUCCGAUUAAUAGGCUAGGCCAAUUAAUAAGUGGGCAACAAGUGGCAUCAACAAAUGCUGUCUAAAAGAGGGAGGAGUGAGCCAUAAUGGAGGACUGCUUGCACACUUCGUCUGAAAACCUGUCCAAGCUGGUGAGCUGGGCCCACAGCCACGGCACCAUCUGCUCCCUGAUCCCCGGCCUCAAGCACCUGCUGACCGAGGGUUCCCACGGCAACCUGACCGCCAUGUGGGGCUGCAGCGCCGGCCACGCCUACCACUGGCCCCUGACGGCCACCUGCAGGGGUGCCAACCCUAACCCCAAAGACCGCUGCUGCCCCGAUCCCCUCAGCCCGCAGAGCAGCUCCGCCCUCCAGCCCAGCCCUGCCCACCGGUUCCUGGCCCGGGGGUCAAAGGGCAAGGGCCGUGACUCCUGCGAGCUCUCCAACUGCAGCGAGCCAUCUGAGGCAGAGGAGGACUACAGCAGCGGUCUGUUCGACAUCGUGUGCGAGUCUUCGGCCACGGACGAGGACGGCGAGUUCGAGCCCCAGCUUCAGAGCGCGCCGCGGCCCCCACUGAGGAAGAGGCCCCCCCCCGUGGGCCGGCCCAGGCUGGGGGAGGCGGCCGUGAAGAAAAUCAAGCAGGAGUCGCAGGAGGACUACUACAUUGUGGCCGAUGCCCAGCUGGGAGGGGGGCUGGACGGCCCCGCCCUGUCGCAGGGGGCCCCCCCUGCAGACCCCACAGCCCCGUCCCCCUCCCCCCCGGGCACUUCCCCGCCAGGGCUGCCCAAACCUCUCCGCCCACCCCCACCCUGCUCUCAGGGCCGAGCGCAGGGCCCUGCCCCCGCCUCCGGCAGGGCCGAACCCCACCACAGGCCCCCGGUACCCAGCCAGCCCCCGAACCUGCCCUCGACCCUGCCCCUCUUACCGCCUCCUCUCCCGAACCUGCCCCUCUUACCCCCUCCCCUCCCUGGCCACGGAGAGCUGGUGGACUCCCUGCCCCCCCCAGAGGAGCUCCCAAAAUCAUGCGGCCUGCCCCAGCCCUACGGAGACCCAGACUCCUCCCCCGUCUGCCUCAACCCCGACCUGGAGAUCAUCUCCCCCCGGAGUCUCAGCGCCGAACCCAAAGCAGAGGCCUCAGAUAUGGAGGAAAGGCAAGCGGAGGCUAACCGGGAGCAGAAUGAGAAGACCAUCCGCAGCACCCAGACCGCUCUCCGCAACUUCCGCGACUUCCUGAUCUCAAAGUACCCCUCGGAGACACGCGAGAUCUACUGCAUCCCCUGCGGCGAGUUGGACGCCUACCUGGCUUCGUUCUUCGUGGACGCGCGGCAGAAGGACGGCUCCGAGUACGAGCCCAACAGUCUGGCCAACUACCAGUGCGGGCUGGAGCGCUACCUGAAGGAGCAGCGCUACCGCUACAGCAUCACCCGCGACAAGGAGUUCCGCCGCUCACAAGAGGCCCUCAAGCAGAAGCAGCUGGAGCUCAAGUUUAAGGGCAAGGGCAACAAGCCCCACAAGUCCAUGAAGCUGACCUUCGCCGACGAGCUGAUCCUAAGGAAGAGGGGCCUUCUCAGCCGGUUCAACCCUGAGGGGCUGCUGAACCUGGUGUGGCUCAACAACACCAAGGCCUUCGGCCACUGCACAGGCUUCCAUGGCUCCUCGCUCAAGUGGGGCGAUGUUCGGCUCAUCGCCUCCGAGACUGGCCUGGAGUGUCUGGAGUGGAGCUACCAGGAGUACAUCGACGGUAACACCCGGACCAAGCGUCCUGGGACAGAGUGCCGAAUCUAUGCCACCCCCCAUGCCCCCCAGACCUGCCCCGUACAGGACUACAAAGAGUACGCCCAGCGCAGGCCUCAGGCCAUGCUGUAUGAGGAUGCGCCCUUCUACCUGUCCAUCAAGCCUGUGGUCAACCUGGCUGCUCUGCACUGGUACAACAGCCAGGCCCUGGGCAAGAACAAGCUUGCCAAGAUGGUGAAAACCAUGUGUGAGAAGGGCAACAUCCCUGGGAGGAAGACCAACUUCAGCGUCUAUCAGAGCUGCAGCACGCUGUCUGAGGCCCAGAGCAACCAGCUGGUGCUCAUCUGCAAUAACCUGAGCCAGCAGGCGUCCCAGGCCCGGAGCUCCCACCCAGGGGCCACCAACUUCGUCAUCACUGGGUCCUUCGACUCCGACACCUUGUGAGUCCCAUCCUCUGGAGUCCCUGGCCCUGGCUUCACCGAGAGCUGGGCGUGUUGUUGGGCUUUGCGUGUUCCGUAAGAAUCUGUCCUCAGCUUCUUAUCUGUUCACAAUCUUCUUCAAGGAGACAUUUCAGUGGCGAAAGAGUCCACUUUUAUUCUUCUCUAGUGUCAAUAUGUCUAGUUAAGCAGAUUGAAAAAGUACUUUUAUGAUAUAUAGGCAUUCGUCCCGUUUCAUAAAUACCCUGAGCGUCAGAAGACAUUAACACUGCGUUAUGUUUCAGAAAAGACAUAUCGACUUGUGAAAUUGAUUAAAUGUUUUGCCGUCAGUUUGAUAAGACGAAAGGAAUGACUGUGAGAUGGAGUGAGUGCUGCAUAAGCACGGUACCCCGUCAGUAAGAUGGAUGGUUAGGCACAAGUGAUAAAAUUGAAGCUGGUGAGUACUGAGUUGCGUAAAAAAAUAAGAAAACAGACGAUGGAACCAAAUGUGCCACGUUUAAGAGAACACCACCUUAGUGCCAUAGGUAUGUUAGAGAAUGUACUGAGUUAACACUGUCAGUUACUGUCCCGUUUUAUAAAAUACAUUAAUCUUGGUAUCAUAGGUACAGGUACACAAUUCUGAAGGCUGCUAGUGCAAAAAAGAGUUUAACAAAAUUACAAAUAUAUGGGUGUAUUUUCUCACCCUAGUGUCUCUAGCAGGGAAAUGUCAACAGGACCACUGCUGAUCCAGGAUGUCUGGUUUUACCCCGUGGUGUUGGUGGUUUGGCAUGUCAUGAGACGUUAAAAGAGUGUUUGCGCUUCCAUUUUUCAGAUUUAAAAUAGAUCUAUCAUAGACUCUGUGAUUAGUGUGAAUAUAACUUCAAUAUGUAAUCAUUGCAUUGUAUCAUCAGUUAUCCCUUUCCUAUCACACUGAAGACUCUGAAGAUUGUUCAAGAGCAUAUCAACCUCAGGUGCUGAAGCAUCACCCAUUGAUGUGUUCUAUUCUCUAAUGAAAUAUGUUUAUAAUCCAUACCAUUAUGGAUUAGUUAUAAUUACAAAUACUAACAAAUACACUAUUGCAUGGAGUCCUGUGCUAACUGGCUGUUGUUGAAUACUGCAGAUUUGCCUGUCCUUUAGCCUGACCUCCUUUGGCGACUGGACUUUUUAAUGUUAGCAUCUCCAUGGCAAGAGGUCUUGGGUCAUUUACAAAUCUGAUCAAAUCACAUCCUUUGCUGUACUGGCAUCACAACAGUUGAUAAUUAUUUCUAUUUUGAGCAAAAAAUAAACACCAAGUUCAAAUUCAUAAACUGAUUUCAACUCAUCCAUUCAAACUGUUCAUGAAAGCUAGUGUUCAGAAAAGUGUCAACAAGUGUCUUAGCUUCUGUUUCAUUCAGAAAAUGAUUACCUAAAUAAAUCUAAAUGACCAUCUAAAACGUCUAAACCACGUCUUUGACCAGUUCAUUAAAAGGAAAGGUGGGAUUUAUCAAGGAGACAUGGAGGCUGUUGAACUACACUGGUUUAUAGUACAGACAGGCUAUCAAUGUAGAACAAAGAUAAAAAUGUACUAUCCCAUGUAGUGAAAUUAAAAGUAAACUACUGAAAA